AUGUGUGGCUGUUCAGGGUGCUCAGAGACCUGCCGGGCGAAGGAGUGGAGAGGCGGCAGCAGAGGGCAGCAGAGGGCAGCAGAGGGCCCAUCACAGUCCAGGGGUCUGAAGGAUAGAGCAGGCAUCACUCCGUCCCAGUGUGGCAGCGCCCCCAGCGUAGCCCCCACGGGUGUCUUGGGGUACAGAGGUGGGACAACCAGAGCCACUGGACAGACAUGCCAAAACUUCUGGUGGCCCAAAGAGGCCCUGCAUCCUGGGGGGCUGGAGGAGCAGCGGGGGCUGGAGCCCCUCGUGGGGCUGGAAGGUCUAUGCACACAGGGUUCCUCAUUCAGCUGGCUUCUCAGGAUGCUGAAUGUUGGGAUCUGUCUUGGGCUCACCCUGCGCCUGUGGGACAUGCAUUUGCUGGAAGGGGAACAGAUGUUGAUGCCGAUAACAAGCACUGCCUUUAAGGUUCAGAGGAGCCUCUAUGAAGAAACUAACAAGGAAGCAUGGGGACCUGCCACCCCCAGGAGGGCUCCAGGCACUGGAAGAGCCAGACCCAUUUGUGAGAGCCUCCACUCCUCCCUGCAAGUGCUGACAGCCUCAGAGAGCAGCAGAGGCCCCUCACUCCUGCACGGUCCUCCAAGGGUGCCAGGACAACAAGCCUUGAGCCAGGGAGACAAGGGAAUCAGUGUCUCUGACCCCUAG